GGUCCCAAUGCACGUGUCGCUAAGCUUAUAUUUUAGAAUCAAUAUGCUUUGCCAAAAAGAUAUUCCAUCACUCUAUUUACAUACAUAGGCUAAAAUUAAGUUUGAACAUUUCGACAGUUCAAAGCGCCAAAGUAGUUGGAAUAUGAGUGCAAGUAGUGCUCUGUGAUUGAUCAUGUGGAAGUGUUUACAUCAAAAGUGUGCUUUUAUCACAAAGUGAAACGGAAAUAACACGUGCCGGUGAUGGAAGUGCAUUAAUUGAUAGCAAUCAAUAGGAAUUGCCUUAAUUUUUCAUCGCAAUUGGUUUGUUGAUAUUAGUUAUAAAUCAAGUGAUAAAAAUAGACCUGCUGCUACACUGCUUUACUGUAGGUCACGGACUUGUACAAACAAAUGAAAGAGCAGCAUAAUCACCAAACACCUACUAGAUCGCUAAGUACAGCCGCCAACCUGACGUCCCUUUGCGUGGAUAUCUCCCCUAGCUGUAGCAACUUCUUUGAAGUGUUAUAUGUAGGCAAAACAAAAGGUUGGCAAAAGAAAGUUCCCAAUUCCUUCAUAGAUGAUGCCUUACAAAAGAUCAAAGCACGUGAAUCGGAAAAAAAUAAGCAAAUAGGCCUUACUGGAAGACUGUUAACUGAAGAUGAUGUUACAAGAAGAGGCUCACAGGAUUCGUCGAUAAGUGAGCCAAGUGGUGAUGACAGCGACUCACGUCAAGGGAAACAGUCAUUACCACCUCAUGCUCCACUGCUCAGGUCCCAGUCUUACCAUGUCAAUUUUGUCCAACCAAAAAUUCCAAACGAAGAAGAUUGUAGCGAGAGCAGCGAUGACAUUAACAGACAGUUUGGAAAUGAAUCACAAGAGGAAUCUGUGUCUAGGCCUAAUGAGGAUAAGACAAGGAGCGAAUCAGUACCUGACCUAAAAUCUCCCGUCGGAAUUGAUGAUUAUAAUCGUACUAUGGUCCUGCAAGUAGACAGGACUGACUUGAGACUGAUCAGCCCUGAUAGGAAAGUCAUCCUGCUUCAUAAACACCACAAAGAUGUCACCACGUGUGUUCAAGGUCAAACUAGCUCCAAAUAUUUCGGAUUUAUAUGUAAAGAAGGAAAUACAGAAACUUACGUAGGAUAUAUUUUCAAAUGUGAAUCGGCUUCCAUAGCAAGUGAUACCGUAGCAGCUAUCACUCAAGCAUUCUUAAGUGCGGAAGCAAGGACCAAACAGGUUGUCACAUCAUGUGAACACUGUCCUAUGGUGUGGUUUCAUAAACUUUGUGUGGAAAUAGAACAAAUGUCAGACAGAAAAACUCAGGCAGCUAUAUUAAGAAGGUUAGAGCAACUGGACGAAGAAGAACAAAAUACAAUAUUAACUAAAUUUAGAGGAGCUGAAACAGAUUCAGUUAGGGAACAGAAUGAAUUUCUGAUGAUGCUCCUUAGAGCCCAUUGUGAAAUGAAACAGGGCAGGCAUGUUCAUGACACAGCUGAAAAUAGGUCUGAAUUCUUGAGUCACCAUCUAGGAAGCAACACAAUAUUCACCAAAGCCAAAAGAUCCUUAACCAAUUCAUUUGAUCAACUAUUAAAAAGAAAACUGUCCAGAGAUGAUUUUGGACCAUCUUUGAGGAAUUUGAACUUGCCUAUCACCAAUAGCUUAAAUAGGGAACACUCUCCAUCUCCUGGUGCAUCAGCAGACCAAAACGAAAGAGAUUCGGAUAGUCCUAGAUCUGGGUCUCCCACAAAAGGGUCACAAAAUGACCUCAAUCAUUUGCAAGUGAGAGAUAACCAAAAGAAACUGCAUCACCUGAACGAAGUACGGGGUCUGAUAAAGCUCUUAAAUCGCCAAUGAUGGAUAUAUUUCUGAAAGUUGGUAACAGCCCGAAAUCCGCAACCUCUGAAGAUAGCUCGCCCAACAGAUUGGACGCCGGGUCAUGGAGACAAGCCAUUUUCAAAAGGGUUGUCACACCAAGCAAAGUUGAAAAACCCGAUCAGUCAGCCAGAAAGCGGUCAAAAGAGGAAUUGAAGAUACUUUGGAAGAAGUCUAUCUACCAAACUAUUUUGCUCGUAAGAAUGGAGAAGGAGAAUGCUCGGCUGAAAGCAAAACAAGAAGAAUCUGCAGUAAAACGUAUCAAACUAGAAUAUGACGAGAUGAAACCAACCAACAGGGAGGGGCAAACAUUCGACGUUUGGGACAUGCUGACAUCUAAAGAGGGCACUCGUGUUAAGUGUGACCAACAAAAACUCUUGCACGCUAUCAGACAGGGUGUGCCUCGAGGAAAAAGAGGAGAAGUAUGGAUGUUCUUAGCCGAACAGUUCUGCGCUAGAGUAGCGCCUAUGGACACCUCCAAGUUCCCGUAUUAUAAUGUGUCGUAUGAUACUCUUUUGAAGCAGCUGACGUCUCAUCAUCAUGCACACGCUAUACUCAUUGAUUUGGGAAGGACAUUUCCUAACCAUUCGUACUUCAGUAGUCCCUUAGGGCCCGGUCAGUUGGCUCUCUUCAAUCUGUUGAAGGCUUAUUCCCUUUUGGACCCUGAGGUAGGAUAUUGCCAGGGUCUGAGUUUUGUAGCAGGAGUUCUACUUUUACACAUGGAAGAGCAUCAAGCAUUCUUUUUGUUGCGACACCUGAUGUUCAGAAGGGGGAUACGACAACAGUAUCUUCCAGACAUGGCCAUUCUGCAGGUGAAACUGUACCAACUGUCCAGAUUGCUACAUGACCAAUUGCCUGAUCUGUAUAAUCACUUUGACUUGUACGAAGUUUCGCCUACAUUGUAUGCAGCUCCAUGGAUAUUGACUGUCUUUGCGUCGCAGUUUCCAUUAGGAUUCGUUACUAGAGUUUUUGAUUUGAUAUUCUUGGAAGGGUCUGAUGUUGUCUUCAGGGUUGCUCUAGCGUUAUUAACAUAUCAUAAGGAAAAGCUUAUGCAUUGUGACAGCUUCGAGGAGAUUAUGAACUAUCUCAAAGAACAGUUACCGAACAUUGAUAAGACUACUUUGGAGAAGAUUAUGAAACAGGUAUACAUCACGGACAUUGCCAAACAGUUGAACGAGUACAAGGUCGAGUACCAAGUCCUACAAGAAGAGAUGACUUCAGUACAGCCUCAGAUGGAAGCAUUGCAGAAACUUGAAGUUCAAAAUCGGACGUUGACAGAACAAAAUAAAUCUCUCUUAAAUCAGUUAGAAUCAUCUUUGACCAAUGUACAACGACUCGAGAAGACAAGAGUGUUACAACAGUCGCAGCUGAACAGACUCGAGAUGCAAAAUAGAGCCUAAAUGUCACUAUUGCUACUCUAGGCAACUUUAUGAACAGUUUGGUGGAACAGAAG